AAAUUAAAUUUAGUUGUAUAUAUAGUAUAAUGAAAUUAUACGUAAAAACUCUCCUGCUGCUUUUGGCGUUAGGCAACAUACUUUCGGUCAACGCUUACAAAGGCGAACCUGUCUAUCGCCUGAACACAAACAUUCGGCCUGAGUCAUAUACAGUCGUAUUGAAGCCAUAUCUCUUGGUCUCGGAUGGACCGCAUCGUUUCACUGUUGAUGGUGAAGUUUUCAUAACAAUAAGAGUGAGAGGCGAGAACGUAAGUGAAAUUACCUUGAAUGCGUACCAACUUGAAAUCACAGGUGCUUCGCUAUCUGACAAUGGCAUAAAUGCCGGAAGGCACAUACAAUCAUUUGGUAGCGCCGACUUGAACUACGAUGAAACUGCACAGAAGUUAACACUGAAGUUGGAGAAAGAGCUGACGCCGAACGGGUUGUAUCUCCUACACCUCGAGUACAUUGGUCAAAUACGCAACGAUCAAAAAGGAUUUUUCCACGUCAAUUACACUGACAGCAACGGCGAGGAAAAAUGUGUCGGUCUAACACAGGCGCAACCCAUCAAUGCGCGUAUGAUAUUCCCCUGCUUUGAUGAGCCCAGCUUCCGAGCGCACUUCAGCUUGGAAAUGAGUCGGCCAGCUAAUUACAAUACCGUUUUCAAUACUGCAUUAAUGGAGACUACGACAGAUGGCGAAGAACGCUUUUGGGAUCGUUUUGGUUCAUCUCCAGCAAUGUCUACUUAUUUAUUUGCAUUUAUACUUUCUGAGUUCGUUUCUCAUGGCACUGAUACUUACAAAAUAGUAACACGUGUCGAGCAUGAAAAUAAGACCGACUUCGCUUAUAAGGUGGGCGAACGUGCGACGAAAGCGUUUAGCGAGUACUUUCAGAUACCUUAUAAAAAGUCGAUAUCUUACAUGCAGCUGGCAGCAGCGCCCAAUUUUCCAUUUAACGGCAUGGAGAACUGGGGUUUGAUGAUCUACAAAGAGCAUGUGCUGGUGCACGAACCAGCCUACACCGAUGACUGGUCCAACAAACAGUUCACUCUCUCGAUAAUUUUCCAUGAACUUGCGCACAUGUGGUUCGGCAAUAGUGUCACAUACAACUGGUGGAACCAUUUCUGGUUAAGUGAGGCAUUCGCGCGCUACUUUGAGUACUUUAUGGCACACAAGCUCUACUAUGAAUAUGGAUUAGCUGAUCAGUUUGUAGUGAAUGAAAUGCAUUUGGCAUUGAGUUUAGACGCUUCUAGAAGCACACAACCGUUGACUAGUCCGGACGAAGAAAUACAGGCACCAUCGGAAAUUGGUUAUAAAUUUAAUACUAUCACCUAUACAAAGGGUGCAUGUAUAAUACGUAUGAUAGCCACUAUUAUGACGCAACCGAACUUUGACAAAGCCAUAAGGGAUUACCUUAAAGAAUUUCUAUAUAAAAGCACCACGCCAGCAGACUUAUUUAAACACAUCGAAAGUAAUUGGCUCACCGCCACGCCUAUAGAUUUGGACCAGUUCUUUUACGAUUGGACCGAACAGGUUGGAUAUCCAGUACUCUUCGUAAACGCCAGCGUGGAAGGUGUCGUUACGCUGACGCAGAAACGCUUCCUGUAUGACUCCGGUGAUGGUAGUAACAAGUCACUCACCUAUGCCAUACCAAUUAGCUAUGCCACAGACCAUGAACGAGAUUUCAGCAAUUAUAAUUUUCCACGUUUUUAUUUCUGGAAAGUCGACAACAUGACCAUUAGCUUUGACAAGCCCUUCAAAUGGAUCAUCUUCAAUCUGUUUCAAUCCAACUACUACCGCGUCUUCUACGACAGAACUACUUUGUUUAAUAUUAAAGCGGCGCUAAUGGAACCGCAUCACAGCGAAAUACCAGCCGCAAAUCGUGCGCAGCUAAUCGAUGACUUAUUCAAUUUUGCACGCGUCUCCAUGGUGGACUACGCGAUGGUAUUUCAGUUUUUGGAGUACUUAGCGAAUGAAACAGACUACUUGCCCUGGCAUGCAACGUUCACGAAUUUACCGCGUGUAACACAACGUUUAACGCGACAGCAGCAAAAGGAUUUUGCCGAAUUUCUAAAUGUCACUAUGGUUAAGGUCUACACACAUUUGGGAUUUACGCUGACUAAUCUCACCAUCCUCGAUACAUAUAAUCGGAAUGAGGUCAUUAGCUGGGCAUGUAAAUAUCAUUUAUUCGAUUGUGAUAAGCGAGCUCAGUUACUAUUUGAUAAGUUCAAGAAGUCUGGCACAAAACCGGCUCCAGAUUUCCGCGAAACAUUCUAUUGCAGUGCGACGAGAGAAGGAACAUUUGCCUACUAUCAAACGUUGAAAAACAGGUUCGACGAUGAAAAACUGAUUAGUGAGAAGAAGAAGUUAGUACGCGCCAUGGGCUGCACUGGACACUUGUACGAAUAUCAUUUUGAUAAGAUUAUCAGUGGCCUUAUACCAAAGGAAUACGCUAUGGAUGCAAUUACGUCGAUGUAUACACAGAAUCCGGACAACGUGCGAUCUAUAUUCAUUAUGCUCACUAACUCCAUCGAGAAGAUAGCGGAAAUAGUGGGCGGCUAUUCGAAUGCCGCCAAUUUGAUCAGUGACAUUGCAAAUUACCUAACCACACACGAGCAGAAGAAAUUAUUGGAAGAUUUUGUGAAGACCAAUGGCACACUCUUUGAGAGCUCCGUACCGAAACUACACCAUGCUAUCUACGUGGUGGAUACUAACUUAAAGUGGGCGGAGACGCGUUUACCGAGACUAAUCAAAUACUUGAAAAAAUCGAAUGCGGCGUCUAUAAGCAGCUUAACUGCUUUUUCGUUUAUCGCCAUAAGUCUUAACCAUGGACUUUUCUACACGUGCUGUUAAUUAGUUUUUUUAUGUUGCUUUUGUGUUUAUUUGUCGAAGUUGACAUUUUAUUUUUGUAAUUUACUUGAGACUUGACCUUUUUAAUGUAAUAUUAUCAGCUCACAGCUUCGUUUUCAUAAAACCGAUACUUUGGGUAUAAUUUGAACUGUCUGAAUAUUUGUUCAAAUAUA